AUUAUUUAUUCAUUUGUAGUUUGGUUUGCUUCUGUAUUUUUGUAGUAUGAUGGAUUCGGAACCAGGACCCUCGACUUCGUUGCUUUUUAAGAUGCCCCAGCCAAAACGAAAAGCGUCUUUGGAGUGCCCAGGAUCGUUGAAAGUUGAUAUACCAGACUGGGUGUCUAAUUGGAAAAGACACAAUCUUGAAUACUUAAACAUAUACUACGCAAAAGACUUUUCCCAGGAUCCACUCGAAGUACUAAAACGAAUGAAAACAGUAACAGAUUUGGAUGAGGAACAACUCUCAUACAUUCACUCCGUACGGGAUUACUUGAAGUUCGAUGCAUCAGUUUUAAAGUUAAAGUUUCAAAGAUCAGUGGUUCAAUCCACGAUUUCUAGAUUGUAUUCAAAGCUGACAAAAGAACCUAACAUGAUAACUACCAUGAAAGAAGCUUUUGUUACACAAAAAGUAAAGCGUUUUAUAACUGCUUUUGACAGACUUCUUUCAGAAGUGUAUGACCAUCAUAGACAAUUGAAAUCCUAUGAAGGAGUUUAUUCACGAUUUGUGUGUGGAUUUGCAGAUUUAUGUUGCCUAGAACCUAUAAUAUGUUCCAAGGCUGAGCAAACAGUUUGGAAAAAUUUAAGAGGCAAAACAAUAAAAUCAGAGCCAGAUUUCCGUUUUUUCAAGCUUGGACUUCAACAGCAAAGAACAGAUACAUGUGUUUCCAUUGUUGAGGUAAAGAAUAAUGCAAAGUCAUGUCCGCAAAAAAGAAAAAGAAUGAGAAGUUCUACAAGUGGCACAAGUGAGUCUUCCUCUGAUACUGCUUACAGCAGCACACAUUCAGAUGGAAAUAGAAGAAAGAGGCCAAGAUUAAGGGCUGCUGAAAAAAUGGAACCACCUUUAAUUCAAGAUAUUACCACUAAAAGAGUUCUGGGACAACAUGGUGGCGAACUUCUGUUGGAUCUAAACAGAUACUAUGGAGAUUUGAAAAUUGAUAUAUUAACUAUUCCUGGGAUGAUAGUUGAUGAAACAACAGUCAUAUUCACCCUUUUAGAAAUGUCAAGAAAGCAUUUAGAAAAGUUGAAAAACAACCAAGAGCUUGAUGAUCAUGAUGAAGCUACUAUUUAUUAUUCACCACCUUAUGAUAUUCUCUGUGAAGAAUCUCGAGGUAUCUUGAUAGAAAAUUUUAUGAGACUUAAUAAUAUAAAUAUAUAAAUGAUAUUGUACAAAGUAUUUUACACAAAAUCUUUUUAAGAUCACCUGGUAUAACAGACCAUGUCAGCUUUUGCCAUCAAUUGGCAUCCAUUAAUGUUGUUUGUCUGUGUGUCUGUCCAAAAAUUCUCUGAAAAUACUGGGCCAAACUUUAUCAAACUUUUACCUGAAUGUUUCCUAGUGAAUCUAGUAAAAAACUGUAUAUGGGGAUUAGAUCAAUCAAACAUGGCUGCUGUUAAUAAAAAUAGGGGUAAAAUGCUGUUUUUGGAUUGAAUAAUAUCUUAAAUAUAAAAGCAGUAAGAGAAAAAUUGUCAACAGGUCAAAUAAAAUUGAGAAUGGAAAGUCUAUACCUUCUGGAAUUUCUAUAAAAAAUACAACCUGUUUUAGAGAUAUUGCCCCCAAAAUGUACAAUUUUACCAAAUCUCACAGUUUUUGGCUUACACUUGAAAAAUUAAAACAGUAAGAGCAAAACUGACCAAGGGUUACAAUGAUCAGCAGGUCAAGGUCUAUUUCAAAUGGAUUUUCAGUAAAUUAUGUGGCAAAGAUCAAUGAUAAAGGAUCAAUAAGAUGGAAAAAAUAUUGUGUUUUAAAAGGCAGGUAGGGUCUAUUUGACCCGAAAAAUUAGUGCCAUAAUCAACUUAUAUUAUUCUCAAGUUAAUUUUAAUAUCAGUUGUCAGUUAUUUGCUUUAAACAAUAAACAUGUUGUAUUUAUUUAAUCUGUGCAUUUACUGUAAUAAAAUUAUUGUUUAUUAGCAAUUGUAUUGCUAUUCAACAGUAUAAGGUAUUAAAAAAAUGGGCUGGAUCAUAACACCAAUAAUAUUUGGCAAUUAUCUCGAAACUGUGAUACUGUGGAUUCAUUUAUUUUCGUAGGUAUCAAUUUUCGUGGUUUCAGGAAAAGUUGCAAUUUCGUGGAUAUUUAAUUUCGUUGUUUUGGCAAAGACUGCAUGCAUUCCUUUAGAAAAUUUGUAAUUCGUUGAAUAUUUGAAUUCAUGGUUCCUCUAUCUGUACCCACGAAAUCCACUAAAAUUGGUAUCCAACGAAUAUUAAUGAAUUCACAGUAUAUAGAUAUAAAUAGUAAAAAGUAAAACAAUCGUUGAUACAAGCCCUACAAAAAUACAACGAGAUAAGAUUUACAAAUAGGCAAACAUACACUUAUUACAAUAAUAGUGAAAAUUAAUAUCAAAAUGAUUUUAUGUCCUACAGUAAAGGGGAGGGGGGUGUAAAGUGCUUCCUUAUUGAAAGGCAUCUCAUUUUUUCCCUAAAAAUUCAAAUGUGUUUUAUAAGAAUGUCAUGAAAACAAUUACCUUUAACUUGAAUAAAUAGCUAUCUGAACAUGCUACUGUAUUGUAUGCCCUGAAUGUUGUAAUCAAUCAUUUCAAGGGCAAUAAAUCAUGUAAAAAGUACAUGUAUCUAUGAUGAGUUUAUUUGCAUUCCUCCAAACUAAAUGUAUCAUAUCUUGAUUGAUGUCAUUAACCCAAACUGCUUAAUUCAUAGACCAAUACAUUUUUGAUAUGAUAAUUCUGAAAGAUUGUCAGACACUCAAGGAACAGUCAUGUACCUUAUAUGAAGACAAAUGGAUUGUCCAAAAAAAUAUCUUAAUGAUUUUUGACUACCUGUUGCAUAAGUUUUUCUUAGGGUUUUUCAAAAUCUUUUCAGGAACAUAAAUAUCCUUUUAACCAAUAAUUUAUGUUUAAAUAAAAAUAUGCAAACGGUCUUACUUGUCAAUAGUUUUUUUAGUCCCCUACUGACAAAGUGGAAGGGGGCUUUAGGUUUGACCUCCGUCCAUCUGUCCAUCCGUCAGUCCGGCAAAUCAGUUUUCCACACUUUUUUUCUUUAUGCUUGAAGAUAAUGAUAUGAUAUUUGGUGUAUUGUUUUAUCAUUACAAGUUAUAGAUGAAGUUCGAAAUUUGUUCCAGUCUGAUGAUUUUGUGCAGAGUUAUGGUUCUUUGACUUAGAAAAUUCAGUAAAUUAAUCAGUUUUCCGCAUUUUUUUUUGUCAUUCUUGAAGAUAUUGAUUUGAUAAUUGGUAUAUAGUUUUAUCAUGACAAGUUACAGUUCAAGUUUGCAUUUUGUUCCAGUCUGAUGAUUUUGUGCAGAGUUAUGGUCCUUGUUAUGGAAUUUUGUUCCAAUACAAUUUUUAACCGUUAGGGGACUAUGUAUUGCCAUGCAAUGAUCAACGAAUACUUGUUUUAAUUGAAAACCAGAAAUUGGUCAGCAAUGUUUUAUGGCUUAUGACUCAGUAAAAUAUUAAUGAAUUGGCCUGUCAACCCUUUUUAGCUCACCGGGGCCCAAAGGGCCCCAUGUGAGCUUAUGCCAUCACUUGGCGUCCAUCGUCGUUGUUUGUCUGUCGUUGUAAACUAUUUCAAAAAUCUUCUCUUCUGAAACUAUUGUGCCUAAUACUUCUUAACUUUGAAUGAAUGUUCCUUUAGGAAUCUAGUUUAUGAAUUGUAUCCCAAUAUUUGAUCCAUCAACAAACAUGGCCGCCAUGGCUAAAAAUAGAACAUAAGGGUCAAAUGCAGUUUUUGGCUUAUAUCUCAGAAACUAAAGCAUUUAGAGCAAAUCUGACAGGGGUAAAAAUUUACAAAAGGUCAAGAUCUAUCAGCCCUGAAAUUUUCAGACAAACCGAACAACCCAUUGUUGGGUUGCUGCCACUAAAUUGGUUAUUUUAAGGAAAUUUUGCAGUUUUUUGGUUAUAAUCUUAAAUAUUAUUGAAGAUAAAGAUAAACUGUAAACAGCAAAAAUGUUCAGCAAAGUAAGAUCUCCAAAAAAGUUAUAUAUGACCAAAAUUGUCAAUUGACCCCUUAAGGAGUAAUUGCCCUUUAAGGACAAUUUUACACAAGUUGGUUAUGUUUUUUAACUUUAAAAAUCUUCUCAAAUGAAUCUAGUAUAAAUUUUGUAUUUCAUUUCCUUGUACGUCAAGAAACAUAGACACUAUGGCUAAAAUGGAACAUAUGGGUAAAAUGCAUUCAUUUGCUUUUGAAGAAAAUAUGACAGAUACAAUGAACAUUUAAAUGGCAUUUUUAAGCCACUCAUUAAUUUAUAUUGAAAAGCAAAAAAAAUCAUUGAUGAAAGAUUUAAGCAAAAAAAUAACAGGUGAGUGAUUCAGGCUCUUGAGAGCCCCUUGUUUGUUUAUCUAACUUAAAUGUAUGAUAUCUGUAUAAAUGGAUUUGUAUCUGUUAAAAAGAUCCAUAAAAGUGUGUUUAAAUAUAUUAAUUUGUAAACAUGUGCAAAUACUUAACAAUGUUGUAUGCAUCACAUAUCUUGUAUCCAUUAUCAAUGCAUAAUUAUAUAAUUGGUAUGACAUGAAACAAGGACAAUUUAUAUUGCAUUUUACCAAUGUAUCAUUAGAAACUAUAUUAUGUUACAUUUUUAUUGCAUCAACUUAUUGUGUUUUGUUGUUAUUAUAUUCAUAUUGUUAUAUUAAAAUGUCUAUAUACAUGUAUACAAAUUUGAUGGCAAUUAUUAUACACAUUAAUGAAUUAGUAAUUUAAGAAAGUUGUAACAUUUUCAUUUUAACUAUUUGACUGUGGUUUACUGCUAAUAAGCCUCUAGUGCCAGAAGACUAGUCAGUGGUGCCUAUUGGAAUCUCUUUUUCUGUCUGUCCAUCUGCACUUCUGUGAAGUAAGAUAUCAAAAUUGCCUCAACAAUUUUCUUUUUUUGACCCCAGGGAACGUCUUGUGUUGGACAUAAAAUACUGGGCGUCCUUCUGUCCGUCUGGUCUUGUAAGCCCUCUCACUGCACAGUUUUUGCCAGAUUUUUAUGAAAAUCAAUGCAGAGCAAUUAUUUUUAAAAGAGUUUUGCCCCUUGGAAACAUUAAUGUUAUGGAAAAUUGCAUUGUAAGUGCUCUCACGAGUUAAAUUCUUGCCAAAUUUUUAUGACACUUAUAUCAUAGGUUUAUAUCAGUAAUGUCGUGGACGAGUUCAGAAAAAAAUGUCGAUCAAUUAUUAUUGAAAGAGUUAUGCCCCUUAGAACAUUAAUUGUAUUGAAAAUUGAAUUGUUAUUACUCAUAAGUGUACAUUUCUUGCCAGAUUUUUAUGAAAUUUAUAUUACAGGUUUAUAUCAUCAACUUUUUGGACGAGUUUGAUAAUCAGCGCUGAACAAUUAUGGCAAAACCACAAGAUCAUAUAUCUAUGAAAAAAAAUUUUCUCAGUCCAAGAAAAAAUGGUAUCCACAAGAAUAUAAAUCCACAGAAUUAUCAAAAACUCAUACUGAAAUAAAACCUGCGGUCAAUAUUUAUGAAAAUUUAUACCCAAUCAACAUGCAUUUCUUUUUUGUGUCAGUAUUCAUUAUUAUAUCCCAUGCAAAAAAGUUGUGUAUGGUAUAGUGUUUUUAACCCAUCUGUCCAUCAGUCCAUCUAUCUGUCAGUCCCGUCCUUCUUGUCACAUCUCUUCAAAACCACACAGCAGAAUUUCAUGAAACUUUGUAGAUAGUUAUGACAUUCUAUCUAGAUGUGUAUAUCAACAGGAAAUUAUGAUUCAGUUUUCUUUAAUUUGCUUCUGUGCUGCACAUUAAGUUGUGUUUGCUUGUUUGUGAGAUUGACAAUGUAAUCAAUUCUAGCUUUGUUUCUGUCUACUAAGAUGAUUGCUCACUUAAACAUGCAGAUGAUAACUAAACAAUGCUUGUUAAACUUUCUUGACCCAGUUUUAUAUUUAUUGGAGCUUCAACAAAAUUUAUGAAUUCUCUUUAAAAUUGUCAAUCUGAGAAACUACACAUUCAAAUAAUUUAUUUGUUAGAUAGUUACUACUCUUUUUUAGCUCACCUGGCCGAAAUGGCCAAAUGAGCUUUUCUCAUCACUCAGUGUCUGUUGUCCGUCAUGGUCUGUCGUUAACUUUUAAAAAAAUUUUCUCCUGAAACUACUUGGCCAAAGUUAACCAAACUUGGCCACAAUCAUCAUUGAGGUAUCUAGAUUUAAAAAUGUGUCCGAUUACCCGGCAUGCCAACCAACAUGACCGCCAUGGCUAAAACUAGAACAUAGGGGUAAAAUAUAGAUUUUGGCUUAUAUCUCUGAAACCAAAGCAUUUAGAGCAAAUUUGAAAGGGUUAAAAUUAUUCCUCAGGUCAAGAUCUAUCUGCCCUGAAAUUUUCAGACAAAUUAGACAACCCUUUGUGGGGUUGUUGCCCCUGAAUUGGAAAUUUUAAGAAAAUUUUGCAGUUUUUGGUUAUUAUAUUUAAUAUUAUUAUAGAUAGAGAUAAACUGUAAACAGCAAUAAUGUACAACAAAGUAAGAUCUACAAAAUGGUCAAUUGACCCUUUAAGGAAUUAUUGCCCUUUAUAGUCAAUUUUAACAAUUUUUUGUAAAUUUUUGUAAUCUUUUACAAAAAUCUUCUACUGAAACUACUGAGACAAAUUUAACCAAACUUUGCAACAAUCAUCAUUAGGGUGUUUAAAAAAAUGUGUCUGAUGACCCCGUCUACCAACCAAUAUGGCAGACAUGGCUAAAAAUAGAACAUAAGGGUAAAAUGCAAGUUUUGUCUAAUUUUUGAACCGUUAUAAAUAGAGAAAAUCUGAAAUGAGCCAAAAAAAUGCUGUAUAUGAUUUAAAUUAAAAUAGAUAAAUAAACACUUUAAAUCACAAAAAUUACCAGCAAGGCAAGAUCUAUUAAAAAGUCAAAUUUUGCCAAUAUUGUUAGUAGACUGUCACUCUUCAUAGGAGUGAUUGCCCUUAAAUGAGGAUUUUUUUUACCCUCUUUUGAGUUUUGAGCAAAAACUGAAGAAGAUAGAGAGAAAGUAAGCAGACUGAAAGAUCAGUAAUACAAGAUAAACAAAAUUGAGAUUUUUGUCAUGAAGUGUCAAUGUUGAAGAGUGUCCUUUGUUUGAUAUGCACAUACACCAAGGUUAGCGACACAGGCUCUUUAGAGCCUCUAGUUUUAAAUCAGUAUAUUACGGGUGAAAUAUUGUGUAAAUUUAAAAAAAACAAGCUUGAACUAUUAUCUUCUAGCUAAAGAUAUAUAAUCAAUUUGAAUGAUUUGUUGAAAUUUGUAUAUAUAUUUUAUUGAUGGAAUCUAACUUAUCUUAUUUUUAAGGCUUUUUACAUUUAUUAAUUUAUAUAUAUAGUCACCCUCAGUUUAAAACAUUCAAGACAUUACCAAUUUGAUCUUGAUCAAUUAUUAAAAAAAAAUAUUAAAUUUUUGUAUAUAUUAAUUACAGUAUAUGAAUUUUUUCAAUAAUACUGCAUUUUACAAUUAUUUAUUAACAUGACUGGAUGUACAUCUCACCAAUCUACAUUACUAUUCUAUUUUAAUUUUUUGAUAUUGAAUGUUCAUUCACUUUUGUAUAUAUGUAUAUAUAUAUAUAAUAAAGUAUAUGUGUAGAA